AUGGAAUUCACCCGUGAAGCUCUUCUAGCGGAAUUAGAAGCGAAGGAUGAGAUAAUUGAACAACUUCGCAAGGAGCUUGAACAAUAUCGCAUGGCAAAUUCGGCGAGGAAAACUGCAAUUUCAUCGGAACCUGAUGUUCAAGUUCAUCGCACAAUCAUCGGAAAAAGUGACAAAGCGUUCGAGACAAUUGGAAAUGCGCUUUGUCUAAACACGUUCCUUCGAAAUCUGGAUGCAGCACAAAUAGAGAAGAUUGCGUCUGCUAUGUAUCCUGUGCAGGUCGCGCCAGGUGCUGUGAUAAUACGUCAAGGAGACUUGGGAAGCAUAAUGUAUGUCAUACAAGAAGGAAAGGUUCAAGUAGUCAAAGACAAUCGAUUUGUUCGAACAAUGGAAGAAGGUGCUCUCUUUGGCGAAUUAGCGAUUUUGCACCACUGUGAACGGACAGCUACUGUUCGAGCCAUCGAACCUUGUAAGCUGUGGGCUAUCGAAAGAAAUGUAUUCCAUGCUAUCAUGGUUGAAUCGGCACGCGAGCAGACCAUGAGCUUUAAGCGACAUCUAAAAUGGUCUGCGAGAUUUGGAGGAUAUCCGGAAGAGCUUCUGUUGAGAAUCGCCGAGUUUUGUACGGAACAGAGAUACGAAGCGAGAGAGGAAAUUAAGGCGAAGCCGCAGUAUGUCUACUUAGUCUGUCGUGGAUCGGUCGUCUGCGACGAUCAAGGCGAAAUGAGCAAAAUCUCGGCCGGUCAAGAUUUCGAAAUGCGAUGUGGAAGAAAAGGCCGUUUUGAACGAUUUUUCGUCCUCGAAGGACCCGUACACCUACUUAAAAUGCACGUUGAACAGUUGUGUAAAGCGCUCGACACUAUGGAUUUGGACGACGAGAUAAGGCCUAAAGCUAGUAACGUGUUGGAUGAGCCUGACGUUGAGCUGGAAGAGCUCAAACGAAUCACCACACUCGGAAUGGGUGGAUUUGGGCGCGUUGAGUUGGUUCGCUCUCCGUCUCGAGUUUAUGCUCUUAAGGUGAUGAACAAGGCUCAUGUUGUGGAAACAAAACAGGAGAACCAUGUUGUCUCGGAACGUCGGAUAUUGAUAUCAUGUGAUUGCGACUUUAUAGUCAGAUUGUAUAAGACCUAUCGCGACAGCGAAAAGAUCUAUAUGCUCAUGGAGCCGUGUCUCGGAGGUGAAAUCUGGACCAUUUUGCGCAAGAAGGGUCGUUUCGACAAUGACAUGACCCGGUUUUAUGCCGCUGGAGCUCUCGAAGCCCUCGAGUACCUCCAUCGAAAAUCAAUUGUUUAUCGCGAUUUGAAGCCGGAGAACAUGCUUCUUGAUCGCAACGGAUGGCCAAAGCUCGUUGAUUUUGGAUUUGCCAAAAAAUUGAAGAAUGGCGGAAGAACUUGGACCUUCUGCGGAACUGCUGAAUAUGUGGCUCCAGAAAUUGUUCUCAAUAAGGGACACGAUACUUCGGUCGACAUUUGGGCUCUUGGUAUCUUCAUGUGCGAACUUUUGACCGGAUCACCACCAUUUUCGAGCAAUGAUCCGAUGGUCACUUACAAUGCGAUCCUGAAGGGUCUUGAAAAGUGGGCGUGGCCAAGAUUUGUCACUAAAGAGGCCAUUGACCUUAUGCUGUCACUGUGCAAAUAUGAGCCAACGGAACGUCUUGGAUUCGGAAAUGUUUCCGAAAUCCGCAACCAUCCAUGGUUCGACAAUUUCCCAUUUGUCGACUUCCGUGCUCAACGCAUCAGACCACCGUACACGCCGGCGGUUGCUUCUGACAUUGAUACGUCGAACUUCGACACAUUCCCAGCGUUUGAUAACUUCGCUACGGGUGUCGUUGAAGCAGGAUGGGACUCUGAAUUUUAA